AUGGGCCCCGAAGCCCCGUCCACUGCCUCCUUGAAUUCGCCACGUGCAGCCCCUUUGGCAUGGAGGUCAUCAGCAAAGACCUCGUCUUUCUUUGACCCCUUUGGCUGGGAUCCGAUGCACUCGUUCGACGACAUGCUCAGCGCCGCGGGGUGGACUUCCAAGCUCACCAUUGGCAAAGAUGCAGACGAUGCGCUCGCUUGUUUAAAGCGGGAGCUCCGGCAGGGCCCCGUCUUCGUGGGACCCGUCGAGAUGGGCUACCUCCGAUAUCAGCCCGGGAACAAGGGCCCCAUCGGGGCAGAUCACUACGUCGUCGUCUUGGGCAUCGACGGCGACAGGCUGGACUUGCACGAAUCCCCACGGCUUCCCACAGACUCCCUCGACUACGGGACGUCGUACAUGAUGCGCAGUGACUUCAGGCGCGUGGAGGAGUUUACCGAGGAGCAGGUCAUCCGGCGGUCCUUCCCGAAUGCCCGCCGGUGGCUCGGCAUGGAGGCCUUCGAGGCAAGCAGCAUUCCGCCGGGGUCGUGCGGCAGCGCAUCGGCGGCGGACCGCCUGGCCGAGAUUAUCCAGACGAACUUCCACCCGGGCGUGAAGAAUUCGCUUGUUUACUUUGCCGUGCGGGUGGGCGCGCGGCGUCUUGCCGACGGGGCUACGUGCCUGGGGAGGAUUGGAUACACGGAUGCCGCGAGCAUCAUGGCGAGACAGGCCAGAUUAGUUGGGGGACUGCAGUAUCUCUUGGUCGUGGGGAAUACGGAGGGUGCCGUCAAGAUAUUGAGGGAGUUGGGCCCGACAUAUGAUGACUUGAAGAAGGCGUUGGGGUAA